AUGGUCCUGCAUGAUCUGCUACUUGAAAAGUACAAGGAAAGUACUGAUGAAGAUGAUAUGUCGGAUGUAGAGGUAUCAAAGCUAUCUUAUUCUAGGUUCUCGCAACUAGCGAGUUCAUCAGAAGGUGGUAGCAGCAGUGUAGGUGUCAUCUGGAAUGAACAGAACGCAGCUGCGCCUAUAAAAUCUUUCCGCGGUGUACAACAUAAUCAUGAUUCUAUUCGAACAUCCUCUUCAUCCUCGUCAAUAUCAAACGGCUUGGGAAACUCACAGAAUAAGUUUAAGUCUUCAAACUCAACAAGCUUUUCACCAUUUACGAAAAAAAUACAAUCAAAGGUACGAAACAUUGAAUACUAUGGAUCCAAAACUGCUCCUAAACCCAGUAUGUUUCUGAUUUCAGAAGAUGUAAUACGAAAGAAUGACAACAAUGAGUCUCCGUUUAUCGAUAAUCCUAAUAAAUUAGAUAGAAAUAAGAGUUUACUGUACGGUAAAACGCGGCACCUGUCAUCAGAUAGACAAAAGGCAAACCAAAAGCCAACCUCAGCAUCAAGUAAGAUCAACAACGUAGGGUCAACUCCGGCCAAAACCAGAUCAACUUCAGUCAAAAUCUCUUUAACUCCUGCUCAAAGAUUUGAGAAAAGGCCAGGAACCCGAUCAAGUAAUGUCCUAGAGAAUUUUCAAUUCGGUACAAUGGUAGGGAAAGGUGCAUUUGCAUCUGUUUACAAAGGUAUCAAUUUGCGAACAAAGCAAGUUGUGGCCAUCAAGCAGAUUUUAUUGGAGCCAGAUCAAAAUGUAGCAGAGUUGAUGGGGGAAAUAGAUUUACUUAAGAUCUUGAAGCACCCGAAUAUUGUCAAAUACCAUGGGUUUGUUAAAACUUCGACGUCGUUGAAUGUGUUUUUGGAAUUUUGUUCUGGUGGAUCGCUCAGGCAGCUCUACAAAAGACUAGGUCAUGGAUUACCCGAGCAACAAAUCAUCCAAUACGCGAAAGCUGUACUACAAGGAUUAGAGUAUUUGCAUGAUCAGGGUGUAGUACAUAGAGAUGUUAAGGCUGCAAACGUUCUUAUAAUAGAAGAGACGAAUGACAUAAAAUUAGCUGACUUUGGAGUAGCUACUAAAGUAACUAACCAAUAUGAGUCAGUAGUUGGUACUCCUAAUUGGAUGGCCCCAGAAACAGUAUUGGGAGGUGAAGGAAUAUGUACUGCAAGUGAUAUUUGGUCAUUCGGCGCUACCAUUAUUGAAUUAUUUACUACUCAUCCGCCAUAUCAUGAGCUAAACCCAAUGGCGACAUUGCACGCAAUCGGUACCGAUGAUCAUCCUCCUUUACCGAAAAAUAUCAGCCAGUUGGCGCAAAGCUUUUUAUUGGAGUGUUUCCAAAAGCAACCAAACUUGAGGAAAAGUGCAAGAUUACUUUUGAAGCAUAAAUGGAUUCAAGGUGAAAAUAAAAGCAGUAGCGACCGACUUUCACCGCCUCGAAUAGGUAAAAAGAAUGACACCACCAGUUUGGGCAGCUAUUCUGAGCCGUCAUUACAUAAAUCUAUAACUAGCUAUUCUGAGAAUGGAGAAGAAAACUGGGAAGAAGGGUUUGAUAUGAAAGGAACAUUAUUACAAAUUCCUAAAACUUUCCAAAAUGAAAAUCAAAAUUCAAAGCUGAGAACUUUCCAGGCUACUCAAUUAUCAAAAUCUGACCUCUUAUCCAAAUUCUCUGAUAAACAAGAAGAGGAGGAUGUAGAAGAUGUUAGUGAAGCAGUUGAGAACGGAAUAUCUAAUGGUCAUGCUUUAAUUACGCCUAAUUUUGAUGAUGAAGUUGAUCCAUUUCUUGAACUUGACAUUAAUUCGUUUGAUACGAAUGAACUUGAGAACCAGAGCAAAAUGGAUUAUCUUUUAAAUAAAUUUUCCAAAAGAGUUGAACUCUGUCAUAAGGAUAAUGAAGAUGUUCAUUUUACUUCCUUAACUAAAAUAUCUGGGAAAAUGUUGCAUUUAGUUAAGAAAUACCCAAUUCUGCAUGAUGUUCUUGUGAGAGAGCACGGUAUUCUUACUAUUUUGGAACUCUUGGAGAAUGCCCAUGAAUAUCCAAGUCACCAGAAGCUAUGGUUUUAUUGCCUUUCUAUAUUGAACUAUCUAUUUCAAGCGAAUGUUAUUCAAUUUGAGAAUUUCUGUAUCUUGGGAGGAAUCCCCAUGGUGACGAACUUUAAGAAUAACAUUACUUUCAGUAAGGAGGUUAGGCUCCAAGUCGUCCUGUUCAUUCAAUUGUUUAACUCAUCAGAUAAGGCUUUAUCAAUGUUUAUUUCUUCAGGUGGACUUAGAAUACUAUCAAAAUUUGUGGAGGAAGAUUUUGACUCAAAUCCUGAAUUUUCUAGCGUUUCAAUUCACUUGAUGCACAAAAUUCUAAGCAAAGAUUUGACUAGAUCUAAGUCCGACCUUUGUAGAAUACUAUCUAAAUAUGGAGUUGGGUUUUGGCUAGCAGUAGUACUCAACAGGUUAACUAAAUCACAAAAGCAUAGUGAUACCGUUCUUGAAUUGAUUGACAAUAUUGUUCAAAUUUUCAAAUACUUUGGUCAAUCUGAAGCUAAAGUUAGAAUUAAUAUUGCAAAUACUGACUUGUUUAAAUUACUUAUUCGGUUAUUUGAUAAGUUACCAACUUUUGAUCAUCAGUUGACAAUAUUGAAAUUCAUAAAGUCUAUGUCAUGCAUUUCAGAGAUUUUAAGACCUUUGUAUAACGCUGAUAUCUUAGAAUUUUUGGUUGGAUUACUAGGUCAAUAUGAGCCAAGUAAAAAUUCACAUUACAAAGAAGUUAUCAAUAUUGUAUGUCCAAUAUUAUACAAUUGUUGUUACUUAAACCACACAAAAGAAGCUGAAAUUGUCAAACUAGGUGUAAUUCCAUACUUGAAGACAUUUUCAAAGAUUAACUUACCUUUUAGACAAUUUGUGUUGCCUCUAUUAUGUGAAUUUGUAUAUUGUGACUCACAUGUUAGAAUGCAAUUAUUAAAACAUGAUGUGCUUUCGAUUUAUUUUAACUUAAUAAUAGAUCCUUACUGGCAAUCAAAUGCACUUGAUUCAAUUUUAAGCUGGUAUAAUCAAAUGGACAAAUUACCGACGAAACAAGCAUUUAUUUUAGAAGCUCCAAGUCACAUUGAUUGUUUUGUGUCCGGAUUUCUUCUACCAAAAGUUUCAAAUUUAGAGUCUACUUUGGAUAGUUACUUGAAAUUUCUAAACAUUGGAGGGAGGGUUCAGUCUCUCAUGUUUAAAGAGUCAGUGAUUGAUAAUAUCAAAUCAAAGUUGGCAUUGUACAGUAAAAAUUCAGUAAUACUGCUUUUAUUACUACGUAUCUUGAGGGUGUUCAUCUCAUACGGAUCGCAAGACGAUGUGUCUAGUGAAUCCAGGCGGGUAUUUAUAACCGUUAUCAAGUCGGGAUUAAGAGAAACCAUAGAAAAUUUACAAUUAAGGAGUGGGUCUGUUUUGAUUGACGAGUUAACAAAUGAAAUAAUUACGAUUAUUGAGUUAUCUGAAGUUGAAAGGGGUAGCAAUCUGAAAUUAUUAAGCAAAGUCAGUAGUAUGGAACUUGGGAAAGGAAUUGUACAAAGUAUUGAUUUUGAGGAAUUAAACUAG